AGCCAGGUAUAAAUGAGCUUGAGGAGCAAGUGAGUGGCACGGUAGUUAUGGAGGAAGUGCGUCGCAAGCGUGAAGGAGAGGUAGCCAGUCUGAAACUGCAGGUGACGGAAGGCACUCGUAUGCACGAUGCCGCAUUGUCCGAGCUCAAGGAGAAGCUCAACUCUCAGAUCCAGCGUCUGCAGGAGGAGGCUGAUCAGCUGAGUCGAGCCAAUUCCAACCUGGAGAAGGAGAAGAAUCGCCUGGUGCAUGAGAACCGUGACCUGGUGUCCGAGCUGGAGAGCGAGAAGGCGGCUCGCAUUGAGUCCGACCGUCGUCGUCGUAACCUGGAACAGGCUAACAUGGAGUUGUCCAACGUCAACAGUGAGAAGAACAGGAAACUGGACGAGCUCACUGCCACAAAGACCAAACUACAGUCUGACCUUGAAGGUAGCAAUGGUCACUUGGUGGAUCUGGAGUCUAAGGUGUCUAGCCUGGAGCGCGGCAAGCAUGCGCUGGAAUCCCAGCUCAAUGAGCUCAGGGUAAGCUUAGCUUCCAACUGCUGUGGGUGGGGAUAGCAUGCACAAGUACACUGGAACUCACAUGUGGGGUAGUGCCUUUGCUGAUUGCAUUAUGCAGAGCUCACUGACUUGUCAGUUCGAGCACUCUGUGACAAGGUACAUUCGGGCCUGGUUUAAAUCUGGCUUCUGGAUCACGCCACGUCCUUGACUCGCAAGUCACACGCUAUGUACAGCUCUGGACACGAUUGGUGGCCCGUGCACCUACUACUAAUAGAUAUCUGGUAUUUGAAAGUCUUUGCAGACGUGGAUGAUACUCCUAAACCCAUGUUGUUUUCUUGUGUAUUCGGGCUAUGCAACAGUUUCCAACCUGUCCUCGACAGCAUUUCACCAGUGCAUGAUUCUAACCACAGGUUUAUGGCCAGUACCACCACCUGCCACCUACUUUCAAAUGCCAGUAUGAUAACAACGCUGUAUGUCCGUAUUCGAAACAGUAUUGCCGAGGGAAAGCUGAGGGACA